UUGAUGAGCGGUGUUCUGUAAGCGUCUCCCACGGUUCUCCUUUCCUCUAUUCGGGAAACCUCUCCUACUCGUCAGAAUCAAUGCGAAUCAGCAGCGGUAAGCGCGCUGAUGCUGUGCGGUCUGUAGCUUUCUAUUCUCUGGAGAAUAAGGACUAAACCCUCUGUUACACGUUUCUUCUUGCAUAGCUCUUCAGUGCAACGGGGAAGACAGACAACAUGAUUUGCUUUAUCUUCGUGGUUCUAUGUGGAUUGUCUGGCAGUGCGCUUGCAAAAGGUAAAGUGGAUAGGGAGCCUAAGGGGAAGUUCAGUGUUCCUGUUCUGGAUGUGAAGAGUCGACAGCUGGUCCUGGAGGCCAACCAGACGCUGACGAUUCACUGCAGGGGUCGGUGGGAGCUGUCGUGGGUGUUCCCUGGAGGUGUGGCCAGAGAUAAAGAGAGUGUGCAAUUGGAGGAUUCUCGCUGUGGGAGGCAGAGCCAGCAUUACUGCAGCCAACUGAUUAUUAGCUCAGCCCAGGCCCAGCACACAGGAUCGUUCCGGUGUCGGUAUAGCCAGCGGACCCGCAGGCAGAGUGCUGUCUACAUUUAUGUCACAGACAGACAGCGGCCAUUUGUGGAGGAGCAGAAUAACAGUCCAGGCGUGGUGUAUAUCAAGGAGAGCCAGACUCUGGUCUUCCCCUGUAGGGUCACCCACCCUGACGCCACCGUGUCAUUGGUCAAGUUCCCUGACCGUGAGUUGACCCCAGACCAGAGGAACAUAGUGUGGAACAGCAGACAGGGCUUCCUCAUCCGCAGUCCCACCUACUUCUACAUCGGCCUGUUCUCCUGCAAGACCUCUGUCAACGGGACCACACACUCCCUCAGUUACCUCACACACAGACAAGUGAAUAAGAUUAUGGAGGUGUAUCUGAACAGUACUAGUCCCAUCCAGACUUUACAGGGGGACAGUCUGGCCAUCAACUGUACUGUCACUGCAGAGUGGAACAGCAGAGUGUCCAUCAGCUGGGACUACCCUGGGCAGGUAAACCGGGCAGCCAUAAUUAGUAGGCGUAUCAUGGCCAGUAAAACUCACAUGGUUUUCUACAGUAUUCUGUCCAUCCCUAAACUCCACCGCUCUGACAGAGGGCUCUAUAUCUGCCGAGUGACCAGUGGACCGGUCAGCCGAGAGACUAACGUGUCAGUCACAGUCUACGACCGUCCGUAUAUCCGUCUGACACCCAGACAAGGGGCUAUAGUGGAGGCUCAUGCAGGACAGAAGUCCUACCGACUCUCCCCCAAACUACGGGCCUUCCCUGUCCCAGAGAUCAUCUGGUUGAAGGAUGGGAAGGUAGCAGCAGAACAGUGUUCCCGUUACCAUGUGGACGGGAAUUCCCUGGUGAUCCGGGAUGUGGCGAAGGAGGAUGCAGGGAAGUACACUAUCCUGGUGGGAAUCCAGGAGCACAGACUCUACCAGAACCUAACGCUCUCUCUGGUGGUCAACGUGAGUCCUGGGAUAGGGGAGAAGGCGGUGUCCUUGCAGGACCCAGGUAGUGUCCCGCAGGGCAGCAGACAAGCCCUGCACUGCAGCUCCCACGGAGUCCCCCCUCCUCACAUCGCCUGGCUCUGGCACCCCUGCCCCCCCAAAGGCCUCUCUGGCGGAACACGGGCCUGAUGCCGCGCCGGAGGAGGCCCAGCGACAGUGGGCCAGGCUGGGCCAGGCUGAUAGGGACCUGGGUCCUCAGGGUAGGGUGUGGGUCUAGAGCCUGUGUCUGGCCCUGGAUCCUUGGACCUGGGUCUGGGGCCUGGAUCCACCCUUAUGUCCUAGGUCUGGGUCCUUGGUGCUGGAUGUGUCCCUGGGUCCAGUCGUGGAUCCUUGGUCUUGUCCUGGGCCCUGGGAACCGCAGCGCUCUUAUCUGGCCCAGGCAGGAGGCUCGCCGGGUUUCCUGUGCGAAAAUCAGAGCGCUUUUCCUCUCCUUGUUUGGCUUCCUCCCCGACGCGAGACGCUUCCCAGCAGCGUGAUUGUCCCUCCGUCUUCAAACGUGGCAGAGUCCUGCUUCCUCAAGGGCUUGAUCUAUUCUUGAGACCCCCCCUCCCCUCCUCAUUCCCCCUUCCCCUGGCCUUCCCCCCCUCGCCAGCUCUGCCCCUCAUCCCCAAACCUUCGUUUCACUUCACACUCCACCACACUCAGCAAGGCUGUCCCCAUGGCAGCCGGCGCCUUCAGACAUUACAGCCACCUAGCGACCCCACAUUGGUGCUCUCUGGGAUCUUGGGGUUGGAGGGCAGGGGGGGGGGGGCAGGACAGUGACCUGGUACACUGUUGAAGAGGAGGAUGAGGAAGAAGAGGAGUGAGAGGUCACACCACACUGAGGACAAUGAUCUGAUCUGCUUUUAAUGGUUAUUAUUCUAUUUAUUUAUUUCCCGUUACCCAGGUUGCAUUUUUACACCCCUUUUCUGGCUUCUUCUUUUUUUUACAUUGUUACUUUUCUCGGACAUUUUGAGCCAGAAAGAAGUGCCCUUCCAUCCAUCCACUAAGCCACGUUUUUCUGGAGCUGCUUUUGCUUCUUGUGUUCCUAGAGUGGUACUAUAAUGGGUACAUGAGCCUGUCCCCAGCCCCGAGCCCUGAGCCCUGCCAUCCUGUUGUAGUUAUGACAUCCACAAAAGCUGUGAGUUCUGACUGUAAAUCAUAUACCUUAUAAGUAAGUUGCUACAUCUCAGAUGGGCGAGCGGGAGAGAGAGAGGGAGAGAGAGAGGGUGAGAGAGAGAGAGUGAGAGAGAGAGAGUGAGCGAGAGAGAGAGGGAGAGAGAGAGAGAGAGAGAGAGAGAAAUGUUCUGGGAUGCCCUACAGUUACUGGAAGAUACUCUGGGACUGCUCAUCAAACACCUACCAUGUAGGAGUUACCCAGGACCCAGAGUCAAUGACAGUCAUAUGUCAUCUUAUGUCAUGUUAUGUCAUUUGUAAGGCGUUUCACUGUAUAUCAACCAUCUGUCAUCAAGAGUGAAUUUAUGUAUUAUUCUGCAAUUUAUUGUGUGGAAAAUAGUUUGUCUUUGCGUGUGAUAUAUGAAGAAUUUAUUUCCAAAAUGCUAAAUAUCAAUUUUCAGAAAUGUUGGAAAAUUAGCUUUUAUUGUUUAAAGUUAUGAAAGAGAUUGGUGUAUUUUUUCACUAUCUAAUCAUGACAUGGGGUUGUUCAAUGAAAGACAUGUAUUUGUUUAAAAUCUCUCACUUGAUGGAUUCAUUUCAGAGAAAAAUUGUUUACAUUUCAUUUUUGCAAAAUGCUAAUUAUCCGCCUCACUCUCAGAGAAACAAGUAGUCCUGCUAGGUUUUACACAUUCAAAUGUAACAAAUAACUACAUUUUGAAUAAAGAACCGUUCAAAUUA